AUUCGAUUCGAUCGUCACAAUUUCGAAAAAUCUCGAAUCGCUGCGCUUAUGUUUUCAAAUGGAUUUCGCUUUACGGAAGAUUUCUUCGUGUCAACGAGUGAGGAGUCUGUUGCAAUAGGAUAAUAGUCCUUGAGGAAGAAAUCUCGAGGGAAUAUCGAAGGACAGUUUGUCGUGAUGGAGGGCCCUCGGACGAGUGGCCGAUUCAAGGCGAAUUCCCACACAAAUUCCGGACAUAAACAGGGGAGGAAGAGACAGGGUGGAAAAGCGAGAAAAUGCGUCUGUCUCCCAGUGGACUACAAGUCCAUUCAAUUUCCCAUAGUCUGGUCUGAGUUCAGAACGAAUCAGCAGUUCUGCGAUGCCAUCGUGAGAUGUCAAGAUGAUGCUGUCUUCUCGAUUCAUCGGGUGAUCCUGUCGGCCGUGAGCCCGUACUUCAGGGCCCUCUUCACGAACAGCCUCCAGGUCCCCGGGAAAAGUGAAAAGUCCGAGGUGUCUCUUGACACAGCACCUGGAGCCAUGUUCUCCCUGAUCUUGGAUUACGCUUACACAGGAACGUGCAACGUCACCGUGGACAACGUCGAGCAGCUCCUGCCGCUGGCUGACCUGCUGGAGGUCCUGGGGGUCGUUCAGCUGUGCUGUCAGCUACUGAUAGCGGAAUUGAAGGCGGACAAUUGUCUCGGAAUUUACAAAUUUGCGAGGCAUUACUUCUGCAACGAGCUCGAAAGCAAAAGCCGAAAAUACAUCCGCCAUCAUUUCACGGAGAUCCUGAAGGAGAGUGGAGAAUUUUCGGAAUUAACUUGCGAUGAACUUCGGUCGAUCCUGAUCGACGAUGAUCUCAACGUCUGGAACGAGGAAAUUGUGUUCGAGGCGUUGAAGAGGUGGAUUGAGAAUAAUGAGAGUGAGAGGAAGUCGUGUCUUCCAGUUUUGCUGGAGUGCGUUCGACUGGGGCUCAUGAGCAUUCAGUAUAUAUCAACGAAAAUUGUUAAUUGGAAGCUGGUCCAGGAGAGCAAGAAAUGUCAGAAGCUCCUGCGAACAACGAACGCCCACCUGGCAGAGUCUCGUUCGCGUCCCCGAAUCCCCUAUGAAAUAAUCUUCGCAAUUGGCGGCUGGACCGGGGGUUCCCCCACCAACUUCAUGGAGACUUACGACGUCAGAGCCGACAGUUGGUUCGUGGUGAAUACCGAUGUUGCCCCGAAGGCAUAUCACGGCCUCUGCACCCUCAACAAUCUCAUCUACAUGGUCGGUGGUUAUGCUGGACACCAGUACUUCAACACCCUCUGCUGCUACGACCCCAUCCAGAAAAAUUGGUGCGAGAGGGCAUGUAUGUAUCAUGCAAGGUGCUACGUGAGUGUGUGUACACAUGGUGGAAAAAUUUAUGCCCUCGGGGGCUCCAAUGGCCGGGAGAGGAUGAACUCCGCCGAGCGUUACACCCCUGAACGCAAUCAGUGGGACAUCAUACCACCGAUGAACACGAGAAGAUCAGAUGCUAGUGCAGCUGUGCUGAAGGAUAAAAUUUAUGUUGCUGGGGGAUUCAAUGGCUUCGAGAUAUUCCAGUCCGCGGAGGUCUUCGAUGUCGAGGCCAAUCAGUGGACGUACAUCAGGUCCAUGAUGAAUCCUAGGGCGGCACCUUCGCUGAUUGCUCACAGGAACGAUCUUUAUGCUUUUGGGGGGUUCGAUGGCUCCGUCAGACUCACUUCAGCUGAGAAGUACAACCCUAAUCAAGCGGCGGAGUGGCAGCAAGUGGCCGACAUGAUAAAUCCGAGGAGUAAUUUUGCUUCGGUUGUUGUUGAUGAUAUGAUUUUUGUCAUUGGAGGGUUCGAUGAUUACACGACGAUUACAUAUGUCGAGUGCUACGAUGCUGAUGCUAAUGAGUGGUACGACGUCGCCCCGAUGAACUUGAAUAGAAGUGGAUUCGGUGCCUGCGUUUUAUUGGGACUCAGCAACGCGAAGGAAUAUUCUUAUCUCAGUAAAGUGAAGAACUGCAGCGAUGGUACGAAAAACUGAGCACUUCCGACACUUUAUUUACGUUUAGAAUCACUCGAUACCGCACCUCCAGGUCAAUCAAGUGCCAGAACCUGCGAUUAAGGGGGGAGGUCGUCACCAGGAGUUCAGGUUGAAGUCUAGACUGGGAAGAUCAAGAUGAGACGUGGACACAGCUGCAGUCAGAACCACGAAUUUAGAUUUUACGAGCAUUCAAUUACUUUUGUAUAAUUUUUUUUUUAAUGUCAAUUCCAUCGCUUUGGUGGAGGUUUGCACAGAAGCUCUCACAGCUGUCGCUAUUUUUAUAUGAAAAUUUAUAUUAAUAUUUUCGUCACCACUGGGUUCUGUCAAUCCAACUCUUCUUUCCCCUCUUCAGGAGAAAUUUCUGAGUAUUGAUAUUUUAAUUUUCCUUAUGCUAAAGACGUGGCACUAUUUUUAACGAAUAUCAACUUUUUGAGCGCUUUGUUAAGACUUUUUUUUAAUUUAUCAAAUGUAUACGAUGUCAUCAUCUCAAAUUUUUCGUGCACAAGUUGAUGAUUACAACAAUCACAGGAAAGUAUCUGAAGCAUUGAAAUAUAAAAAUAUGGAAAACUG